AUUUUUCGUGCAGCACAUUUUUUUCCAACACGCCCAAAGGAUGGACAAGUGUUUAAACUUAACUAAAGAACACUGGUUUUCAGUGCCAAGUUCAACUUGAUUAUUAUUAUUUAUUUUCCAUUAACAGGGAAAUCUGUAUGAUCAUACGGUUUGUCAAUUAAUGCAUUAGCACGUCACUGCAUGUACAUAUAACCACUGUUCUCUGGUAUAGUAAUGGACUACAUAUAAUCGGGAUGUGAUGUAAUCAAAUUAGAAAGAAAAUAGGCGAAGUGUGUGUGCGCGUAUGUAUGUAUGUAUGUAUGUAUGUAUAUCUAUCUAUCUAUCUAUCUAUCUAUAUAUAUAUGUAUAUAUAUAUGUAUGUAUGUAUGUAUUCGUAAGAUACAGCAGGACUAUAGUUUCUGGUUCUGCAGAAACUGCUGUUGUGAUGUGAAAUACCUGCAAUAACACCGUAGAACUGUAGAGUCAUAAUGUGUAUUUAAAUGUGCAUAAAUUCUGUAUUAUAUAUAUAUACGACAUACGUGAUGCAUGUCUUUAAACAUACAUGGCACAUUUCUGGUACCACCGCCUAAAGUAGCAUUUUUAAUAUUUCACUGUGAUCCAUGGCAAUGACAACGUGGAGCAAUCUGAGAAUUAGGAUUAGAAAACAGAUUAUAUACAAGGCAAUACAUUCAAUAAAAGUAUGCAUUUAAAAAUGUCCAUGCUAUAUGCACGAGCGCCAAUAUUUUCUGUUCGCCUUGACUAAUUUGGUGACGUGGUAAAAUGUGGCUUAAUCCUCAUUUCAGAGUGAAGGUUAAAAGAGUUACGUCCCAAAUCACAGAUUACUUUCCUAGAUAGUAGGCUACAGCAAAACAGUAUGCUGCCUGCUCUUUAGUUCAUGCUAUUUAGUACUCUGUAGUGCACGCGCACACGAUACACACACCAUAUGUUCUCCACUGACCUCUCUUUUACAGGCUACUUUCCCCCAUUUUAACUUUUCUGUUGUGCUCGUAAACAACGAGACAGUCGCCUUUGCCUCGAGGUCGCGUUUGAGUAUGCAAAUGAGCGCGUGGCAGAUGUUAAUUUUUUCCAUCCGGGUACUGGCUCUUGUACUAUUUCGCCAUACUCUUUAGUACUGAUGAUUUAGUGUGCAUGGCGUUUUAGGGCGUUUCGAUGAUGACGCGCGUGAACCAAUCAUCCCCGUGCUCCACUGCAGCCCUGGCCAAUAGGAGACGUAGUUUUUUGGUGGCGGUGUGAUGUCACUCACAGGUGAAAGUGGGGACGGUUAAGGCUGGCUCUGCAAGCUGUGUGUGUGUGCGUGGGUGUGUACGUGUGUGCGAGCUGUGUCUCUCUCGGACGUAGCAGCGCGCGGUAGCGACGUGGACCGAAAUGAAAGUCGCGCGCCACCGCCGAUCGUGGAAGCAUGUUGGAGUAGAAGGGCGCGUGACGAGCGGAUGAAUGCACGCACCCAAUACGAGUUGGUCUUACUUUUCCAUUUGACCUCAAGUGCCCUGUUGUAGGCUUAUUUUUUGUUGCAUUUGUUGUUUUUGUUUGUUUGGGUUUUUUUUACUUACGCGCGCGAUGGCCGUGCGCAGCAGCUCCUUGAUGCCUUUCUCCAUUCAGGCCAUUUUAAACAGAAAAGGAGAGGAAGAGGAGGAAGAAGAAGAAGAAGAAAAAGACGAGGAAGGAAGGCGCCGUCUGAAAGAGCUGGACAUGUGUUUUUCGAAAAGCGCUUGCUGGAAAAUAUUCGGAGGAACGCACGAGGAGGAGGAGGACGGCCGCGAAGACAGGGAUAGGGGGCAGAGGGAGAGGGAGAGGGCGCGCGUGGCGGCGAACCACCACAAGAGCUACGACUCAGACUCUGGGCUCAGCGAGGACCACCACCACGACCACCACCACCUCGACGAUGAGCGCGAGGCGAAAAGCAGCUCGGUGCGCGAGCAGCGGGACGGCUGUGACUCGCGUGCACUGGAUGAGAGCUUUCAGGACGAGACGGACCGAGAGUCCACGGCUGCGGAGCAAGCACGAGAACUGAGCGACUGCGAGCUCUUAGCCAGCGUGUCCGACUGUAAUAACGCGGAGGAGAAGGUCUCAGAGCAGCCCGGCGGAAAGCAGCGCAAGAAACGCUCUCGCGCAGCUUUCUCUCACGCGCAGGUGUUCGAGCUCGAGCGCCGCUUCAGCCACCAGCGCUACCUGAGCGGACCGGAGCGCGCGGACCUGGCGGCGUCGCUGAAGCUGACGGAGACGCAGGUGAAGAUCUGGUUCCAGAACCGCCGCUACAAGACCAAGAGGCGCCAGAUGGCCGCGAGCAGCGCCGCAUCCGCCGCCGCCGCCGACCUGCUCCUGCCCGCCGCCAAGCGCGUGGCCGUGAAAGUGCUCGUGCGCGACGACCGCAGGCAGUACUCUCCCGGAGAGCUGCUGCUGCUGCGCCCUCCGCCGCUUCUCGCGCUCCAGCCGCCAUCUUCUUCUUCUUCCUCCCCUUCAUCAUACUGUUACUACUAUCACCCGCACGCGUACUGUGCGCCCGCCUGGACCCUGUCCGCGUCCGCGUGCGCCGGGAACCAGUGAUGCAGGCACGGGGGGGGAAAGAAAAAGGAAGAAGAGAAGUGUAUUUUUUUGUAUGUUUGUCUGUUUGUUUUUUUGUUUGUUUGGAUUUUAAGCUCCCAACAAAUACAAAAAAGGAGGGAGAGACGAUAAGACACUGCGUUCAACUGUUUUAAGCUGAAACAUACCUAAAGACUAAUGACAUCACUUUAUUAUAUUAUUAAUGUGAUACUUUUUGGUAUUAUUAUUAUUAUUGUUAUUAUUUGUAUUUUUUCCUGAAUGUAUAUGGGAAGUUACGCGUUUCCGUUUUUUUUUCCCCGUUCAAAGCGUGCUGGAGAGCAGUAACGCGUCUCUUGCACACAGAGACAGAGAGAUGUGUAGGUGAAAACGGUAAGACUCCAGCACUUCCGGUCCAUCAUCUAAUUCCUGCGCAAACAAAACACCAGUGUGUGUGGUCACGGCUGCAGACUUUAGUAUUAGUGUAAAACGUUGUUGCUGUUUACAGACUGAUAAAAGGACAGCGAACAUUAAAACACACAUAUAAAGCAGUGUGUGUGUGUGUGUGUGUGUGUGUGUGUGUGUUUUGUACACUUUGUCAUUGUUUGAGUAGAAAGGUUUAUUAUAUUAAAGGCGUUUAAGUGACAGCUGA